CUCUUCCCCACCCAGCAUAGCAUAGCACACAGUCGUCUGCUCACACAACUCUCCUCUCGCCACUCUCUCCAACCUUCUUGUCUCGUCAACAAUGGCGUCCAGGGUGCUCCUUCUCUGCUCUUUCGUCGUUCUCGCCUUCGCGGCUGGAUCGCAGGCCAAGGACUUCAUCGUCGGCGGCCCCACUGACGGGUGGAAGGUGCCGGCCAUGUCCGACGCGCUCAACAAGUGGGCAUCGGCCAACCGUUUCCACAUCGGCGACAACCUCGUGUUCAAGUUCAACGCCGCGGCGGACUCGGUGCUAGAGGUCAGCCAGGACGACUACAACCGCUGCAGCACGGCCAGCCCCAUCAACACCUACAAGGCCAGCGACGCCACCGUGCCGCUGCCGCGCUCCGGCCGGCGCUACUUCGUCAGCGGCACCCCCGGGAACUGCGACAAGGGCGAGCGCCUCAUCGUCGUCGUCAUGUCCGACAAGCACGGCCGCCGCCCCGGUUCUGCGCCCGUCCCGGCUGCCGCGCCCGCUCAGUCCCCGCGGGCCGCCGGGCUCGUCCACGUGCCUGCCCCUGCCCCGGCGCCCGCGCCGGCUAAAGGUGCCGCCGCGAGGACGGCAGGCAGCGGUUCCCUGCUUCUCGGCGCUCUCCUCGGAGCCGCGCUCUUUGCGUUCUGAGUUACUUGCCCUGUUCUUUAGGAUCAAGGAUUCACGGGUGGGCAUUCUUUGAUUAGUUUCUAGAUCUGAAAACAAAAAAUGUUCUUCUUCUGUCUGUAGAAGAAGACAGUGUUAGCGUGAAACAUAAUCAUAAAAAUAGGAAAUGGAUUUGCUCCAGUGGACUACUUGAGAUUUCAGUA